UGUUUAUAUUGAUCAGAACAGAAUAAAUCAUCAUAAUAUACACGGUUAACGGUAUUUAUUCUUUUUACGAUCAAUUAUAAUUUUAAUUCUUAUUGACCAAACAUUGGCCAUCAUUUAUUCCGUAUAUGUAGAUCCAUGUAUUUAGUGUUUUUUAAAAACUGUUUAAUUCAAGUUAGUGAUAGUCUCUUCUGACGCGUACACAGUGCAUUACAUUUAUAUUAAUUUUUUUUUAAGAAAAAAAAAAACAAUGACAAGUAGCGACAAAUCGAUUAGUGAAAUACAACAAUUUUUUAAAGGAACUAACGUUUUCGUAACAGGUGCCACCGGAUUCAUCGGACACGUUUUAGUCGAAAAAAUUCUUAGAACAUGUUUGGUGAACAAAGUGUACCUUUUAGUCAGAUCGAAGAGAAACAAAGACCCGCAGACUAGAUUACGUGAAAUGUUCAGUUCUACGCUGUUUUCACGACUGCGGGAAGAACAACCGGACUUUAUUGAAAAGGUAUUGCUUAUCACUGGCGAUUGCGAGGAACCGAAUCUAGGUUUGUCGGUUGCUGACGAAGAAUUCAUGGUCGCUAAUAUGGAUAUUGUUAUUCACUGUGCCGCCACGAUCAAUCUCAACGGACCGCUUAAGCAUACGAGUUUCAUCAACGUCAGGUCAACUAAAGAUUUGCUGUUUAUCGCUCGGCGCAUGCACAGACUUAAAUCAUUUGUGUAUGUGUCCACUGCGUUUUCGAACCCAAAUCAACCGAUUACCGAAGAAAAAAUUUACGAUUGUCACAUACAAGGGGACGCUUUGAUCAACAUGGUCGAAAACAUGUCAGAUUCACUUUUGAACUCGAUAACACCCGAAUGUUUAGGGUCCUGGCCGAACACGUACACUUUAUCAAAAUGCAUCGCAGAGAAUAUCGUAAAGCAAUAUGGUCAAAAUAUGCCGAUAUGUAUCACUAGACCGUGCAUUGUCAUGUUUACAAACGAAGAACCGAUAUCAGGAUGGGCAAAUACAAUGAAAAGUGUUCCCGGUUUAUCUAUAGGUUUGGGAUUGGGUGCUAUACACGUGGUGCAAGCGGAUCCUAAUAUUCGAACAAUGAUCAUACCAGCUGAUAAUGUGGCGAAUAUGAUUAUUACUGCAGCUCAUUAUGCGUCUAAGACACGUUCAAAACCUAUAAUUCCAGUAUUCAAUUACGUUCCACAUCAUAUGGCACCACUAUUGACAUAUGGUCAGAGUAUAAAGAUGAUUAUGGAUAAUAUAUUGGAAAAAAAAUUAUUUUCUGAAAAAGAGUUGUGGAAACCAAACGUGGUUAUAGCAAAAUCAAAAGUAUUAUUUAAUAUACUUUUCUUUAUAUUCCAUUAUUUACCAGCCUAUUUAGUUGAUUGUUGUUUUUGGAUCGUGGGAAAAAAACCGAGAGCAACAAAAAUUUACAAAAAAGUUAAAAUUAUGAUGGAUGAUAUGAGAUAUUUUGGUACCACUGAUUUUAAAUUUGAUGACAGAAAUUUAAAAGCUCUCAUAUCAUCACAGAGUGAUGAAGAUAAACAAUUAUUUAACUUUGAUAUAACAAAUAUAAAGUGGGAUGAAUAUUUUUUAAAAAGCAUAUAUGGAAUAAAAAAAUACAUCUUAAAAGACUCGGAUGAUCUAACAGUUGGCCGAAGACGACACCAAAAAAUUAUGGUGGUUUAUUAUGUGUUUUCUACAAUUAUUUACGGUUGUCUUUUAUAUUUAUCUUAUUUAUUAUUAAAAAUCGUAUUUCCUAAAAAUUGAUGCGUGUCUAAAACACUAUAGGUACAUUUUACACAUUUAGUAUUAGAUUAACAUAAAAUUAAUUAAAAAUUAUGUAUAUUAAUUAAUUAAAGUUUAGUAAUUUUUUAAAUGUUAAUUUUUAUUAUAUUUUCAAUGUGUUUUUUUUUUAUUGGGAAUUCAUUUUUAGUUAGAUCUGUAUAAAAUUUCAUCCAGUUCUUAAAUUUCCAUAUAAUAAUUUGAUUAUAUCAAAAACGUACAUAUAGAUUACAAUUUAUAAAAUGUAUAGACCAUAAAAUAUUUUGUAAUGCCAAAAUAACAUUGUAUAAUUCUUUGAUAAUCGAAGUUCAUUUUUUUUUUUAUUUGGUUUCGUAAAAGUAGGUAUACCUUUUCUUUUUCCACCUGAUCAUAAAUAAAUUGAUGGUUCCUCUUUUCUCCCAUACGAAAAAAAUUAGUACAUAGUUAGUGAGUUUGUUUUUAUAAUGAAUAAGUAAUUAAUAAAUAUCUAGAUACAUUAAUUAA